AUGGCUGACCCACGCCUCCCCUCCUCUCUCUCUCUCCUCUCUCUUCGUCCGCGUGAAGCCCGUUUACUCUACCUCAGGAUCCUCGGCGCUGAAGAACUCAAAUCUGUCAUUAUUUCACAUCAGGGUCGGAGAAAAAACGGAGCUAAUCAUGCUACAAACCUUCAGAGACUGCUCUCUUUCCUUGAUACUGCGAUGAACCGUCGUAGUAGGAACUAAAACACCCAAUCCUCGGAAUGGGGUUCUGAGCCGACCGUAGUUCGUGCUGGCAUUCAUCUUACACAGCAUCGAUUGUCUUCUGGCAGCAGCAUAUAAUGACAAUGGACAGAAAUCGAAUCGGAGGGAGAAAUGGAAUGAAAAAUAGGCGCAAGGAAACAAUAGCCAAAUAUUCCUUGAACUAGGAAGAGAAUCAUCAUAUUUCAUUGAAAAAUAAUAUUACAUCAUGUUGACAGAAAAACUUCAAUGAUAAAUUCUUAAAAUCUCACUUCAAAAUUUACACGAAGAUGAAAUACUUUCAACGUAUUCCUCCUCCAACAAUAGCAGGCACCAGACUAGGUCUUUCAAUUUUUUUGGGAAAACUGUUGAGUUAUCCAAAAAAGGGGGAUAGUCUCUGGUUAAACCUGUUUGCAGCAGAGAGAACAGGAAUAAACAAGUUACCCAUGACCGAUGCUCAACGAAGGUUUCCUGGACGAGAUGGACAGGUUAA